GCGCGCGUUGGCAACAUAACAGUAGUUACGCGAACAAAACACAAACGGCAGUAAAAGUAAACGUACCAGCCUAGUCCAAGUUCAGUACAAGUAAUCAGAAGACAAGUUGUCCUACUUCGUUAAUUCUUUGAAUUUUUAAGUUAAUAACUCUGUCAACAUGUCAGGCUUUGACGUGGCGUCUUUCAUGAAGGAUUUGAUGGCUGGUGGCACGGCGGCAGCUAUCUCCAAGACCGCCGUAGCGCCAAUCGAACGAGUCAAACUUCUGCUUCAAGUCCAAGCCGCCUCUACUCAGAUCGCAGCCGAUAAGCAGUUUAAAGGCAUCGUCGACUGCUUCAGUCGUGUUGUCAAGGAGCAAGGAUUCACUUCUCUCUGGCGUGGUAACCUCGCCAAUGUCAUCCGCUACUUCCCGACCCAAGCCCUCAACUUCGCCUUCAAGGACAAGUACAAGAAGCUCUUCCUGAGCGGAGUGGACAAGAGGACCCAGUUUGCCCGAUACUUCGCCGGCAAUUUAGCCUCGGGCGGAGCGGCAGGGGCUACCUCACUCUGCUUCGUCUACCCGCUGGACUUCGCCAGGACUCGCCUGGCAGCCGACAUCGGGAAGCACGACGGUAGUGGCCGGCAGUUCAAAGGUCUGGGUGACUGCUUGACCAAGAUCGUCAAGUCGGAUGGCAUCAUCGGUCUGUACCGAGGCUUUGGGGUAUCCGUGCAGGGGAUCAUCAUCUACCGGGCUGCUUACUUCGGCACGUACGACACCGUGAAGGGAUUGAUUCCAUCUCAGUACAACAACAUCAUCAUAAGUUGGAUGAUCGCUCAGACGGUCACCACCGGCUCAGGUGUGGUCAGCUAUCCCUUCGACACCGUGCGCCGCCGUAUGAUGAUGCAGUCAGGCCGUAAGGACGUCCUGUACAAGAACACCAUGGACUGCUGGAGGAAGAUCUUCAAGCAGGAAGGACCGUCUGCUUUCUUCAAGGGGGCCUUCUCUAAUGUCCUCCGUGGCACAGGUGGAGCACUGGUGCUGGUGCUCUACGAUGAGAUCAAAGCACUUCUCUAAACUACUCAAUGAUUUACAACCAAAACGCCCAUGUCUCACUGA